AUGAACGUUCUUCACAUCUUCGCAGGCCUCGCCGUCGUGGUGCCGGGUAUUUACAUGUUCACAGCGAACCAGGCUCAGUCGACAAUCAAGAACAAGCGCGUUUGUCUCUUGAUCGCACACCCCGAUGACGAAGCCAUGUUCUUCUCACCUACCGUCCUCGCCCUCACACGACCUGAGAACGGAAACCACGUUAAGAUUCUAUGCUUGAGCACUGGAGAUGCCGACGGGCUAGGAGACGUUCGCAAGCAAGAGCUGGUCAAGAGCGGUUUGGCGCUGGGACUGCAAAACGAGGAUGAUGUCUUCGUAGUGGACAACCCCACCGACUUCCCAGACUCCAUGACCAGAAUGUGGGAUAAGAACCUAAUUGCUCGCCUACUAGGAAGCACCUUUGCCCCCAAAUUCGGCCACGAGCGCAAGAACAACCUCAAGCCUACAGCCGCCAUUGAUAUCCUCAUAACCUUUGACAGCAAUGGCGUGUCCUCUCACCCCAACCACAUCUCCCUGUACUUGGGUGCCCGUUCCUUUAUCCAGGCUCUCACCUCGACUGAGUCUGAAUGGCCGAGCCCUGUAGAUCUAUACACUCUAACCUCAGUGGGCAUUGUGCGCAAGUACUCGGCUUUCAUGGACUUUGUCCCUACAUUGCUCUCGUAUCUGGGAGUCAAAAAUGAGGACAAGGAGCGUCCUGAAGGUCUGGUCUUCAUGAACCAGCUUGUUGGCCGAGGCGCAUACGGCACAGCUUGGAGUGCCAUGACUCAGGCGCACAGGAGCCAGAUGGUCUGGUUCCGCUAUGGCUGGAUCACCCUCAGCCGAUACAUGGUCAUCAACGACUUGCGCCUCGAAAAGGUCAAGGCACAGUGA